AUGGAUGCAUUGAAGGAGGAGGACGGAAAGAAUAAGCAGAAAGUUGUGUGUGCGUUCUGUCCAAGUGUGAUUCUGAUUGCUGGUGACGCACUCUACACUCAAAAUGAGUUUGCCCUGCCACUGAUGACGCGACAGAAAGGAGGCGGCGCGGAGGCAGAGGAGGAGCAGUUGAGCAGCUACUGGCUCGUGGCGGACAUGUACGACUUCCAGAAUGUGGGCUUCUCGCACACAGUGGGCGCGCACAAGUACCUCGCAUGUGCGGACUGCGACAUGGGACCGAUCGGCUAUCACGACACCCUAUCCAAGCGCAGUUAUGUGGCUUUGGCCCGGGUCAAGCACCAGCUGUAG